AUGCCACGGAAGUUCUGGGCCAUCUGUCUCAUUGCCGGGUUGUUCAUCAUCUGUUUCAUCUCCGGAGAGUUCAUCAUCUUCAUCAUUUCCUGUGGGUUAGGCAUUCCGCCGCCGGCGCCGCCCAUCAGCUGGCUCAUGUCCGGCAUUCCACCACCAAGUCCACCCAUCAUCUUGCUCACGUUUUGCAUGAUGGACGGGUUGGAUUGCAUCUGUUGCAUGGCUCGCUGGAUAUUCUGUUGGUUGAACAUUCCGCCACGUCCACCGGCCAUCGGAUUGGCACCUCCUUGUUGCAUGUUCUUUGUAGUCUGUGCCAUUCUGGCAAACAUCUUCUGCUGCAUCAAAACAGCUUCCACCUCCGUCACUGAAGUUCCCGAUCCACGAGCAACUCGCACUAUCCGGCUAGGCUGGUCCACAAAGAUAUCUCCGUCGCUGUCGAGCUCUUGUUUGGUCAUGGAAUCCAUCACAUACACCAUUCUCUUGAACCGUUUACUCGUCUCCUCCUCUCCAACCUGGUUCAUCAUCUCUCCAAUUCCUCCUGGCAACAUCUGA